AUUUAGAAUUAAAGCGUGCAAUUUACAUUGAUGCUUCUUUCGGCAUGGCGAGAAAAGUGGCGAGGAUAAUUGCUUGUAAAACUCAUUAACCUAUUUAUGCCAGUACCUGGGGUAUUCGGCAUGGCAAGUGUUGCAGCUGCCAGGAAGUUAGAAUGCAAAGACUUGCAUGGAUAUUUAAAAACACUCCCUCAUAGUAUCCUUGAUAAAUUGUACAAUCACCCGGCUACCUGUCUUGCGGUAUUUCGACAACUUCCUCAGUUAUCCAAACAUUAUGUGAUGCGAAUGCUUUUCAUUGAACAACCGGUAUCUCAGUCUGCUGUUGGUUUAUGGGUUACCAAUGAACAUAAUGAGGAACACAAAUAUGCUUCCAAAGUUUUAUCUGAUCUGAGAGUGUGGCAUGAACAACAAAUGCAAGGGGGUCUGCUGGGCUGGAUUCUGAAUGAAACAUUUCGCUCCAAUAUGAAAGUAGCUCUGCUUGGAGGAGGACUGGAUUCCAAGAUUUCUGGAGGACCUCUACCCCCAGACAAACACGCCAAGGACAUUCCAUUUUUAGAUAAAUAUGCUCUGGAACGAUGGGAG